CGCGAGCUCAUCCACACCAUGCCCUUCGCUCCCGAUUCCCAGGACUGGAUUUGCUUGCUUGCUGCCGUCGGCGGUGGCAAACGCAGGGAGGAGAAUGGAGGCGAGGCAGUGCAAUGCGCCCUUGAGCUGGAGCCGACGACUGGCGCGCCCUAUGUGUUGCUUUCAGCCACAGCAUAGGGGUUUAGGGUUCUUGGUCAUGGCGCAGUGGCGGACUCUCGUGGAUGCGGCCUUGGAUUCACAAAGCUCCGGCCAUGAUCGGGCUGCCGCUCAGGAUGCGCUUCUCUUGCUCCUGCAACAGAGAAAUAUCUCGAUCAAUGACAUCGUGCUGCAUUUGGGCCCGUGCCUCACUUCAACGGAUUUUCUGGUCCGAUCCAAAGGCAUGACUUUCUUGGGAGAAAUGGUGGCGCGGCUCCAUUCAACACGACUGGAAGAGCAUGUUGUCCACUCUCUGGCUUUGUUCUUCACUGCACGGAUCGAAGAUAGUGCUUGCUUGCACGGUGCGCUUCUGGGAUGCAAUAGCCUUCACAAAAGAGCGAAGGAUGUGGGUGAAGUCGCGGCACAAGAUGCUGUCCAAGUGAUUAAAACAGUGAAAUGGCUUGAUAUGCAGUCUCUGGCUCAACAGGAUAGACUGCUAUGUUUCGAGCUUUUGGUCACCCUCGUUGAGCGGCAUCCUUCUGAAGUGGGAACUCUAGGGACUGACCUCGUGACUGGAGCUGCUCAAUUGAUAGAAGGAGAAAAGGAUCCUCGAUGUUUGUUGCUGGCGUUUCGUUUGGUCGAGCGCUUGGGAAGUUUGUUUCCAGAUCCGAAAGGCCCUCUCGCUCAAGCUGCACCUGAUCUUUUUGAUAUCAUCGCCUGCUAUUUCCCUAUAUCGUUCAAGCUGCGGCCAAACGACAGCAAAGAUAUUUCACGAGAAGAUCUUAUUGCAAGUCUUAAGAGUGCUUUUGCCGCUUCUUCAUUUUUUGCUUCGGAGUGUAUCCCUUUACUUCUUGAAAAGCUAUCAUCGUCAGUACAGGAUUCUAAAUUGCAAUCCUUGGAGUUCCUUGGAGAUUGUGCAGUUGCCUACGGUGAGCGUGUUAUGGAUGAGUAUGCUCGUCCUAUAUGGGUCGCACUGAAAGCCGAGUUGUUUCCUCACUUGACCUCUUUCUACUCCGAGUCGGGAAAGCUACAAGAUCCAGAAGUUUUCAGAGCGGCUACUAUAUGUUUGACGCAGUGUGUCAAGGCGUCUCUUAGCCAUUCUGAUCCCGAUGGUGGCCAAUUUCUUCGUUUGAUACUGGACGACGAGAUUUGUAGCCAUCUUUUACAGUAUCUCACGCGCAAGGCUACCAUUGCAGAUGCACAAGAGAAGCAUCACAUGCAGACUGUGGGACAGGUUCUUUCUGCUGCUGCGCGGGCAUCACCUCUGUCUAGCAACAUCAUUUCUGCGACGAUUUUACCAGCUUUUCUAUCAAACAAGACUUGUUCCGAUGCUCACGUUCUAGGUGUUGUCGUCUCAGUAUUGACAGCUAUACGAGAAGUUGCAGUGGAGCAGGUUUCUUUGCUAUGUGACAUCCAGUGGCUGGACCGAGUGUUUUCCUCACUGACAAAACUUCUGCUUAUAUUUUCGGACAACUUGAAAUCAGCAUCUAUGAAUGAAGCUAUAACGGCAAUUUGUGUUUCUGGCUUGCAAUGCGUAGCUACUUUUCCGGGUUACCUUUCCUCUUUGUCCGAGGCUCAAGUUUACGAGUUUGUUUCACAUUUGCUAGAGCUUGUCCUUGACAAGGGGAAGUAUGCCAAUUCCUGGGAUCAGGCGGUCCAGGCCGUUGCUUCCAUAUGCGCAACUGAAGAUCAACUGUCAUCUUCGACUGGUUCUGCAUCAGUAAGAAUUGUUCAAGGUCUUGUUCAGGCUGCUUUCCUGGAAGAGAGUGACGCCAAAUCCUUGAUGGCCGCCAUCACCAGGAUAUCCAGGUCGAGCUGUUCCGCUCGUGAUUUGUUCUUCAGCGAGCUCCAAAGACAUCUAUUGCCGUUGAAUAUUGAAUCUGUCGCAGCCAAGCACCAUCUCCUGAUACCUCUAUUUUCUGGAGAGUUUCUAGCGCUAUAUGAAGAUGAUAUCGAACGUGGACAUGCACCUGCCCUACAAUUUUCUAUGCAACUAUGGUCUUCUUUCCAGUCACUCCCUCUUGAUAUCGACAUUCCUGAAGAGAUAUUAAUCCCGUGGAUGGACCUAGUUCGCACUGCAGUCUCGAUGUGUGAUCUCAGCGGUCAGGAAGCUGUCGUCCUUAAGUCAUACGACAUCCUGUGUAGCCGAUGUUCGAAAGACCACGACACCAUGGACGGUAAACAGGCAUGGCUUAUUGCCGUUUGGUCGUCAACGGCUGUAGCAAUGAGGCCAAACAUUCAGCUGUUGCAAGACGAGAAGAUUAUUCAGCUCCUGCUGAAGACGUCCUUGGAAGUUCAAAGCUCGGCGGUAAGCGAAUACAUCGCGCAAGCACUGGCAUCGAUAUUGAAUAAGUGGCCUACAACGUCAUAUCCGCUAGAUGGUGUUGUCCAGAAUGUUUUGGACGAGCUGCGUGCGUUUGGCACAGACACGCCUAGGUUGGUCAGCAUCUUGGCUUGGAUCGCAAAAGCGCUGGCAAUGAGAGGUGACAACAAGGUGGCUUUGGUAGCAGGGAUUCUCAUUGAGAUCCUGAGACAAGGGAAAGGAGCAUUAUAUGCGGACGGAGACGGGGAAGACAGCAUGAUCAGGAGAGCUGCUGCGAAAGCCCUGGGCGUCAUAGUGGGUGAUGCCAAGGCGCUAAACAAACGUCAUUUUGCAACCGUUCAGCCUCUGUACACCCAGAGGUUCUUUCACAGCUUCCUGCCGCCACUUCUCCACGCGCUGAGAGAUGCUCCAGAUAACGUUUCACGGGUCUGGUUGAUUCGCGGUUUCAGCCAUCUUAUUGUGAACGUCCCGACAACUGCUGUGCUUAUGGAAGGCAACAAGGUGUUUCCACUUCUUUUGGAAGCGCUCUCCAAUGCCGAGGAUUCUGACACGCUCCUGGGGAACCUUCUUAUAUUGUCUGCUUUUCUCAUGGACGAGAAGAGCAAAGGUGCUGUGAUAGAUCGCAUUGGACUUGUCAUAAACUGCCUCGUGGAACUUGUACAGUAUCAACACUCCACUGCUGUUCGUGAGACCGCUCUCCAGUGCCUCGGCGCCAUUGUCAGCCUGCCAUUCGCGUCAAUCUAUCCCUCGAGCCGGAAGGUGUUGAAGACACUCCAUCGAGCUCUUGAUGAUCCAAAGCGCUCCGUACGCAAUGAAGCUGCUCACUGCUACCAGGCCUGGUGGAUCAAAUAAAAACCACACUGAACCGACAGAUAUCCGCGGGAAUAUCCCCGUUACGGUCGGGGUACGUGUUUGCACUGAGAAAGACUCGUGCUAGCAAUAUUGUUGGAGAAGAGACCCUUUUCGAGUUAAGAAUGAGGAGCGAGCGUUUGUA